AUGGCCGCUGAAACCGCUCGAUCUGGCCUGGCCGUCGGCCUCAACAAGGGUCACAAAACCACUCCCCGUGUCGUCAAGCCCCGUGUUUCCCGAACCAAGGGUCACCUGAGCAAGCGCACCGCUUUCGUCCGUGAGGUCGUCAAGGAGGUUGCUGGCCUUGCCCCCUACGAGCGCCGAGUCAUUGAGUUGCUCCGCAACUCCAAGGACAAGCGUGCCCGUAAGCUCGCCAAGAAGAGACUUGGUACCUUCGGCCGUGCCAAGGCCAAGGUCGACGAGCUCCAGCGCGUCAUCGCUGAGGCCCGCCGUACUGGUCACUAA